GUCAGGAGCAACACCAAAUUACUGCUCACCGCAUCUGUAACUGGAAUACUGCUGGAUACAGUGUACUUGAGAAAAGAAGACAAGUAAGAAAGGCCAUCAGAAGGAUGGAUCGCUCCUGUGUAAAAUGCCUGAAAACAAUGGUGAUAUUUCUCAACUUUCUGUGCUGGCUCUGCGGUGCAUUUGUAGUGGCCUUUGGGGAGUUCCAGAUGAUGCACUCCAUGUUCGCCUCACUCAUCACCACCUUCUGGCCAAUCUACCCUGCCAACACUCUGGUGGUUACCGGUACCAUUGUUACCUGUGUGUGUUACUUGGGAGUGUUAGGUGGCUUGAAGGAGAACCGCUGCAUGCUUAUCAGUUUUUUCAUCCUGCUGUUCAUCCUGAUGCUGGUGGAGCUGGCCAUGGCCUCUGUGUUUCUGGUCUACAGUAGAGAGAUUGACACAUACUUUGAGAAAGACCUCAUGCAAAGCUUGGAGAUCUAUAGACAGUCCCAUCCAGAAGGCAACAAGACAAUUAAAGAUGACUUUGAUGCUGUCCAGCACCUGUUUAGGUGCUGUGGAGUUCAUGGUGAAGCAGACUGGAAGGGUAAUGUCCCGAUCUCAUGUUGUACCGAGGACCCCUGUAACACCCUCUCCCACACCAACUGGCAAGAGGGUUGUCUCUUGAAACUGAGGAACUGGUCUGCCAGAAAUUAUCUUAGCACAGGUGCAGGCGUUGUAACAAUGUUCAUCAUACAGUUUAUUUGUCUGUCUAUCACCGUGCCCCUCUUUUGCCACUUCAGUCGCCAUGGGCUGGGUUACAAGUGAAUAAUGUCAUGAUCCUGUUUUAUCUUUUUCUGUUAUUUCCUGUUUCUUUUCCUUGUGUUUUUCAUUGAUUUGUACUUUUCUUUUCUUUGCACUUUAUUUAAGCUGUCUUUGUUUCUACUUUAUGCCAGUAAAAAUGUAUCUGGAAUUUAAGUCAACUUUCUGCAUGUCUCCAGGUUGCUUUUCCCGUGUCAAUUAUUAUUUAUUUUUUUCCUCAUCCAAACACCAGAAAGGUUGCCAUAAAAUAUCAAGCAAAAAAAAAAA